AUGAAAAACAUACAUGAAAAUAUAGAAGACUCGGAUAUAAAUUUAGGACCUUCAACUUCAAGCAAAGUCCAAACCAUAGAAAAAAGUACCAAACAAUUGAAUAUUCCUGCAGAUAGAGACGGAGGAUUUAAUGACAACAAUAGCGAUAGUGCGAGUGCUGAUGCUGAAACGCAUGAACCUGAAACCACCAACCAAGACAGAACAAUUAAUGUUCCAGUUAAUCUGAAUUCAAGUGUAGGAAGCUUCAGCAUACACUUGGUUUCAGAUGAUCCCGGAAAAUGGCCUGCAAAUAUGAAUCCAAGUGAAGUUCAAUUUGUUUAUAAGAUUUCGAAUGCUGCCAUAACAGCAAUUGAAGAACGGUUCCAAUUACUUCAACAGCACACAGCCAUUUUUAGUGUAAUAUAUGGCAUAACCAAAGUUAAAAACGAUGAUGAACUUAAAACCAAUUGUGAGAAAGUGAAUCAAGCCCUUACAAACAUAAGCAGCUCAGAGACUGACAUUAGUGCAACCGAUUUAUAUGAAAAAAUUAAAGCUAUUCAACCAUUUUUUUUUUCGCAGAAAAAAAGUACUAGUGAUAUUCUUGAAUUUAUUUACAAUAGUCUUAUAUCAACAUUUCCCAACUUAACUAUAAUGAUACGUAUAUUCCUAACUCUACCUGUUACUGUAGCUAGGGGUGAGCGGUCGUUUUCAAAACUUAAGAUUAUUCAAAACUAUUUGCGAUCCUCAAUGGAGCAAGAUAUACUUUCUGCUUUAGCAAUGUUAUCUAUAGAACAUGACGUGUGUGCCACAUUGGACAUUAAAGAUAUUGUCAAAAAGGUUUCUGAGACGAAAGCCCGAAAAGUGCGUUUUUAG